UUGGAUACCUGGUGACGCAAACCUCCUCCUUCACCUACCCUUAUAUACCCUGGAAGAACUUUGCAAUAAACAAGACUUGAUCAGACUCCUGUCUUGUCUCCAUUCUUUGUGCCCCUUGCCCCUUCUCAUUCUCACCCCCUCCUCCAGGUAUCCCUGUCGACUGACCCAUGGGCUGGGUCAUGUGGCACCCGACCAGGGAUCUGGAUAUGAGAGAAAACAGUGAAGAAGCUACUGGAGGCAGGCGGCCGGCUCAGAGAAACAUCGGGACCUGGCCACGCAGUAGCCUGCUGCACUGGAACAAGGAUCUUGAUAACCAUGAGCACCUGGAUGUGGUUACUGCUGGGAAUCUCUCUCCUGAUACGAAAAAAUGAAGGUGGUUUCGGUAAUCCCCAUGAGGCUCGGGCACUCUUACAAAAAUUAACUGGUACUCCUUGUGAGUGCCGUGGUGGCACCUGGAACGUAGGAAAAACAGUUUGCUGGAAUAAGACUCCACCUGUGCACGUCUCUGAUGGAGGUGGACCCCAAGAUCAGGUGAGACAGAAUAUAGUCCAAAAGCAACUGGAAAACAUUGUAAACCACAUGUCUCCUAAAUUUAACUACCUUCCAAUAGCUUUACCCAAAAAUAGGGAUGCGAAUCUAGACCCCCAAACCCUGAAAAUGCUAGACAUCACACAGAGAUUACUUAAUCAAUCCAAUCCUUCUUUGGCUCAAAAUUGCUGGUUAUGCCUUCAUUUAGGACUAUCUAUGCCUAUUGCUAUCAAUGUUAAUUCCAUUGAAUUAUCAUCUAAUAACUGCAUGCCCAUCAUGCCUUUACCACUACAACCUGUCUUUUCUGAAACACCCUGUAUUGUCUCCCCUUAUAGAGACGACAGUUAUGCUACUGAUAUUGGCAUACUCUCUUUGACCAAUUGCACUGACAUCAUCAAUAUUACUUAUUCCCCGUGUGCUCCCAAUGAUAUGAUAUUUGUUUGUGGCAAUAACUUGGCAUAUACCAUUCUGCCCACUAAUUGGACAGGAUUAUGUACUAUCACCCUUUUGCUACCCGAUAUAGAUAUAGUCAAUGGAAAUGAAUCUUUACCUAUACCAUCCUUUGAUUAUAUAUCUGGCCGUUCUAGAAGGGCUAUCCAAUUUCUCCCUCUCUUGGCCACUCUGGGAAUCACUGCUGGCAUGGCCACUGGUACCGCCGGUAUGGGCACUGCUGUACAUAAAUAUACUGAACUAUCUCAACUUAUGACAGAAGAUAUAUACAAGCCCUAUCAGGCACAGUUAAAGAUCUUCAAGAUCAAUUAGAUUCCUUAGCUGAAGUAGUACUACAGAAUAGAAGAGGUUUAAAUCUUCUAAUGGCUAACCAAGGAGGCAUCUGCUUAGCAUUACAGGAAAAAUACUGCUUUUAUGCAAAUAAAUCAGGAAUUGUUCGAGACAAAAUAAAGAAAUUACAAAAUAAUCUAGAGGAAAGAAAAAGAAAAAUUAUAGACAACCCGUUUUGGAGCAGGCUAGAUGGCUUUCUGCCUUAUCUCCUUCCAUUUUUAGGGCCCCUCCUUGGCUUACUAAUAUUACUGUCGCUAGGACCUUCUCUUUUUAACAAAGUCAUGGCCUUUAUAAAACAACAAAUUGAUGCUAUUAAAAUGCAGCCCCUCCAGGUUCAUUAUCACAGACUUGCUAUGGAAGACGAACGCAUAACCAUAACUACUUAGGGGACUGGCUAGUCCAGGAUGGGUAAUGAGGACCCUCAUCUCAGACUUUGCUUAUCCUACCAACCUAAGACAGGAGCCCGGUCAGAUAGCUACCGUGUAUCCCAUGACGGGUAAGGAGGAUCAGCUGAGAUGGUAAGGCGGUCCCAACCUAAGACAGACACAGUCACCCCGCCCUCUCGGUUGAGAGCUGGCAAAACUUUAAAGGUAAAAUGUACAUUUAAAAAUAUUAUUAAAAAGGGGGACCUGUGGAAGGCUGACACCACAGCAUCUAUUUUGUAGGCCAAGUGCUAUUUCCGGUACUAACAGACUUAACUUUCUAUUUCCCUGCAAAUGCUAGGCCUAAGUUUCUAUUUCCCUGCAAAUGCCAGGCCUCUUCUCGUAAAUCACGUGAGCGAAACUUGGAAGCUUGUGGUUUGGAACUUAUCUCCACCAAGGCCAGGUUGCUUGGAUACCUGGUGACGCAAACCUCCUCCUUCACCUACCCUUAUAUACCCUGGAAGAACUUUGCAAUAAACAAGACUUGAUCAGACUCCUGUCUUGUUUCCAUUCUUCGCGCCCCUUGCCCCUUCUCAUUCUCACCCCCUCCUCCAGGUAUCCCUGUUGACUGACCCGCGGGCCCGGUCAUUAUAUAUAUUCACACACACUUUGCUUAUGAUUUAGAGAUAUAGAGGCUUUUAAUCAUGUUCAUUUUUCUACUAUUUAUGAAUAUAUUUCUAUCCAUAAAACAUCACUUAUAAUGAAAUGGUUUUUUAAACUCAAAUUAUUAAUUAAAUUAAUACAGAAGCAAUGUUUAUUCUUGAGGCUUAUUUUAUUUAAUUAAUAUAAAAAUAAUACAUACCCAUAAUAAACAAGAAUUAAAUAGUUCUGUAAGAUUAAGUAAGAGUCAUUCCUCACUUUACUAUUAUUUGUCCCCACAUUUUUAUCUAAAACAUCAACCUGUAACUUUUUAGAUCCCUUUGAUUUGUUUUUACCAUUAUAUCUCAAAAUAAUAUUGUUACACUGCUAAUCCUUUACUUAUCAAUUGGAAUUCUUCGUCUUUAAUUUCAUACGCUGGAUCUGAUAAUUUCUAAAAACCAUGUCUCUUAUUCCAUGCUUCAUUACCCCUUGUUUUUC